GACAACAUCGACCAAUGGUGUCUGUAAUUGUGCUAUUUCCAAGAGAUAGGGUAAAGCAGAGAGCCAACCGUAUGCGAAUAACAUCAAGUCAAACACAUGGCAUCCGUAUCUUGUGUAGAUUUAAACAUGGGCUGAUCUCCAGCGCACGGGCUUGCAGUCGUAGUUCAAAGGUAGUAGAUAACCUUGGAAUUUGAUUGUAUACCUACCGCACAUCUUACGCUUUAUUGGCCUCUGUGUACAUCUGGAGUGUGACGAAGAUGUCGGAGAUCUCGCCCAUCACAGAAUGGCCAGACUAUGGCACAACUCCCACAGGUGGCGAUGUAAUGACACAAGAUCUUAACGCUCCCUACAACAAGGGUGAUUUGUGCUGGCUUCUCGUCUGCACUGUCCUUUGCUGGCAGAUAACGCCUGCGAUCGGGUUUCUCUAUGCUGGAAUGCAUAGGCGCAAGCACGCCCUGACCAUGAUAUUUCAGUCGCUUUUCUGCGCCUGCGCGUGUGGCAUCCAGUUUUGGAUCUAUGGGUACUCCUUGUACCAAUCGCACACGACGAACCCGAUCCUUGGGGACCUUUCGCUCGGCGGCCUGCACAACGUGCUCGCUUAUCCGUCGCUGGCGAACAGCGAUGUCCCAGACAUUUUGUACGCGGCCUUUGGAUUCACAUUUGUCACCGCGACAGCCAUGAUCUUGGCAGGUGCCAUGCUUGAGCGCGGCAGACUCCUCCCGUCGAUGGUUUUCUUGCUUUGCUGGACAACGUUCGUUUACUACAUCCUUGCUUAUUGGGAAUGGAAUCCUAGCGGUUGGCUCUAUAACCUUGGCGUCUACGAUUUUGCUGGUUCGGGUCCCGUGCACAUUGCCACCGGGUUUUCGGCUCUUGCUUGGAGCAUGAUGCUUGGACCUCGCCUUGAUCCCCGUGGUGAAUCAAAGCAUCCCAAGGUUCGACACUUCCGCGGUCACAACCCCUUCCUCGUCGGGCUCGGUACCAUCUUGAUUUGGUUUGGUUGGUUUGCUUUCAAUGGCGGCAGUACCGCCAAUCUGAGCUUGCGAAGCAUUUACGUCGUGGUUAACACCAACUUGGCAGCUUGUGGUGGUGGCAUUGCUUGGGUGAUGAUUGAAUACGUGCAAAAUCGAAAAUUCUCCAUCAUAGGAUUUUGCUCCGGUAUCAUUUCUGGCUUGGUGGGAAUCACCCCUGCGGCAGGUUUUGUACCUGUCUACACAGCGGCUCUCGUCGGGGUCCUCACCAGCAUUUGUUCCUACUUUACUAUGAAAUACAAACAUCUCAUUGGUAUCGAUGAAGGACUUGAUAUCUUUGCCAUUCACGGUGUUGGUGGAUAUGUCGGCGACAUCCUUACCGGUUUCUUCGCAGCAUCAUACGUGCCAGCCAUGGAUGGCGUCAACAACACUUACGAGGGCGGAUGGUGGGAACAUCACUGGGUUCAGCUUGGAUAUCAGCUGGCUGCUGCAACAACCUGUGCUGCAUGGUCUUUUUUUGUGUCCUGCAUUUUGCUGUUCAUUAUCAACAAGAUUCCUGGUCUGCAUUUGCGAUGCACAGAAGAGGAUGAGCUCAGAGGCCUGGACUUUAAAUAUCUAGCCGAUGUAGAUGCAGAAGAUUCUGGCCUGGAUAUUGCGACUUAUGGAGUUGUCACCCCCGGCAUCAAGAGUACGCCGAGGAGUGAGAUUAGUUCCGAAGGCCAGGGUAUUGCUGAAUCCGCUAGGGAAAAGGCUUCCUGA